AUGUUGAGUCGAAUCAGUACGAUUUUUGGCAAGCGAUUGAUUUGUGUUAGAGGAUUUACGACUGGUGCAGUUGUUGCCACUAAAGCGGCAGCAGCAGCAGCAGCAGCAGCCACCACCACUGGUGCUCGGGCUGCAAGUAAGCCUUCCAGCAAUGAACCUACUUAUGAAGACUUACCCAAUCCAAGAGGCCUGCCACGGCCAUCCACGAUUGAUCUUCAUAGACCAAUUGUUGACCCAAAGGAUAAAUACAAAGAGCAGAGCGAAGAGCUACACAAGUUCGGUAGAUACAUAAUGGGUUGUAUGCCAAAGUUUAUUCAGCAGUUUUCCGUGUGGAAAGAUGAGCUUACGGUGUACGUUGCUCCUUCUGGUUUGAGACCGGUGGGAGUUUUUCUCAGGGAUCACACUUCAGCACAAUUCAAGGCAUGUAUGGACGUUACUGCAGCCGAUUAUCCUACAAAACACAACAGAUUCGACGUUAUGUAUGACUUGCUCUCUGUGAGAUUUAACUCUAGAAUUAGAAUCAAAACAUAUGCUUCCGAGGUGAGUCCUGUGCCAAGUCUGGUUCCGGUGUGGCCUGGAUGUAACUGGUUUGAGAGAGAGACUUAUGAUCUCUAUGGUAUUUUCUUUGAGGAACACCCGGAUUUGAGAAGAAUCUUGACUGAUUAUGGUUUCGAAGGUCAUCCACUUAGAAAGGAUUUUCCUACCACCGGUUAUACAGAAGUUCGAUACGAUGCAGAGAAAAGAAGAAUUGUCUACGAGCCUUUGGAAAUGACUCAAGCAUGGAGAAACUUCAGUGUAGGAUCUUCUGUUUGGGAUCAAGUUGGAGACGGUGUCGACGUUACUCCUGCUGACUUUAAGUUGCCAAAGCCUGAAAUUGAGGAGGAAGAGGAUAAGAAGAAGGGAAAGAAAUGA